AACCAGAAGUACAUAAAAACCAGAAGUGGCAUCAGCUGAGAGAGACGCGCCGCGGAGGAAACCGAUGCGUAAAGGCGCAGAAGCACGAAGGAGCGGAUUUCUUCAGCGCAGAAGAGAGAGAGAGAGAGAAAAACCAGGAGGAGCUGCUGAGGAGAGGUGAACACCGUCAGACUUUACACGGUUGUUUGACACCCCACCAGGAGGAGAGCGAAGCGCCUCUGGAGAAGCGAACUGGAAACGCGAACAAUGGCGGCGUCCUACAGCCCCGCCGCCACGCGGGAGGAGAGCAACGGCGCCAAGCCGAAGAGCCCGGACGAGUCCAUGCAGCUGAAGAAGGAGAUCUCCCUCCUGAACGGCGUGUGCCUGAUCGUGGGCAACAUGAUCGGCUCGGGGAUCUUCGUCUCGCCCAAGGGCGUCCUCAUCCACAGCGCCUCCUACGGCCUCUCGCUGGUGGUGUGGACCGUCGGCGGCAUCUUCUCCGUGUUCGGCGCCCUGUGCUACGCCGAGCUGGGCACCACCAUCACCAAGUCCGGGGCCUCCUACGCGUACAUCCUGGAGGCCUUCGGGGGUUUCAUGGCCUUCAUCCGCCUGUGGACGUCCCUGUUGAUCAUCGAGCCGACCAGCCAGGCCAUCAUCGCCAUCACCUUCUCCAACUACAUGGUGCAGCCCAUCUUCCCCACCUGCAUAGCUCCGUACUCGGCCAACAGGCUGCUGGCUGCUGCCUGCAUAUGUUUGCUGACCUUUGUGAACUGUGCGUACGUGAAGUGGGGCACACGGGUCCAGGACUUCUUCACCUACGCCAAAGUCAUCGCUCUCAUCGCCGUCAUCAUCACCGGCCUGGUGAAGAUCGGACAAGGUCACACGCAGAACUUUGAGGGCAUGUUCGAAGGCUCGUCUCAGGACCCGGGACACAUCGCUCUGGCUCUGUACUCGGCUCUGUUUUCCUACUCGGGAUGGGACACCCUCAAUUUCGUCACCGAGGAGAUCAAGAACCCAGAGAGGAACCUGCCGCUGGCCAUCGGCAUCUCCAUGCCCAUCGUCACGGUGAUCUACAUCCUGACCAACGUGGCCUACUACGCCAUCCUCCCCAUGAACGCCAUCCUGGACAGCGACGCCGUGGCUGUGACGUUUGCGGACCAGGUGUUCGGCGUCAUGAACUGGACCAUCCCCUUUGCCGUGGCUCUUUCCUGCUUCGGAGGCCUCAACGCCUCCAUCCUGGCCUCCUCCAGGUUGUUCUUCGUGGGCUCCAGAGAGGGCCACCUGCCCGACUCCCUGUCCAUGAUCCACGUCCACCGCUACACCCCGGUCCCCGCCCUGCUCUUCAACGGCCUCAUGGCUCUGAUAUACCUGUGUGUGGAGGACGUCUUCAGGCUGAUCAACUACUACAGCUUCAGCUACUGGUUCUUCGUUGGCCUGUCCAUUUUGGGGCAACUGUACCUGCGCUGGAAGCAGCCGGACAGGAAGAGGCCGCUCAAGCUCAGCCUCUUCUUCCCCAUCGUCUUCUGCGUGCUCUCGGUCUUCCUGGUGGUGGUGCCGCUCUACAGCGACACCGUCAACUCCCUGAUCGGCAUCGGCAUCGCCCUGUCGGGGGUGCCCGUCUACUUCCUCUGCUGCUACACGCCGGCCAACAGGAGGCCGCUGCGGCUACGCAUCCUCAUUGCUAAAGGCGGCCUGCUGAUUCAGAAGAUGUGCUUCUCUGUUCUGACCGAAAUGGACAAGACGGAGUAGAUGUUGUUGUUUGGACCGACCGCCCCGGGCACCCCGUACCAGGCCGUACGCCACCACGAGGCCCCCCCCGCUGGACGCGACUAUUUGGGCUCGAGCCGGACCCAGAUCUCUGACCUGUCAAUCAUCACCCUGGGAGGGGGGGGGGUCAUCUUAAUGAACCGAUGGCGCUCGUUGGCGAGUCUUGGCUCUGACGGACUGAGACUUCAGAGAACAUUUUAACGCCCUCCCGAAGAAGGCAACACCUCUUUGUAUCACAGAACUGUACGUAUUAGUAGAGAAUUAUUUAAUUAUCAAGAGAAGUAUUUUGUGUGAAAUUAUGUAACACCUUUCUGAUUUUACUGGAAGGUUGCAAAUUAUUGUUCUGGUUAAAUUUAGUGGACAAGAGAGCAGCUUUGAGCCAUCCUGGUUAUUAAAUAUUAACAUUUUCACAAAAGGAAAAUCAAACAGUAAGAUAAUACAAUAUGAUAAACUGUGUUUUGUCUUUCCCUGUUCACUAAUGUGAAGGAAUGGUUCAUCACGUUUUAUACAUUCAGCCGUGAGGUCUAGCAAAGCUAGGUUAUUUUUACUAAUUUACCUUUUUUUCUUGCGGCGUCCUACUCCAUCUCGCCGUUGAGACGGUUGAGCUGAAAACAUGUAUUUAUAAUAAAAUGACUUACUGACAAC